AUGUUUUCACAGGAACGGACCUAUAUUCCAGAGGAGCAGAGGCAUUCCAAUAAAAUUUCCCAAUCAGCAUUUUGUUAUUCAGAAACCAUUCCGGCUCCCACAGGAAAAGAUGAUGCCCAGCAGAAAUCAGACAUGGAGCUGCUUCGGUUUUCACUGAUUCUCAUUCAGUCCUGGUUAAACCCCGUGCAGUUCCUAAGCAGGGUGUUCACCAAUAGCCUUGUGUUUGGCACCUCAGACAGAGUCUACGAAAAACUGAGGGACUUAGAAGAAGGUAUCCAGGCUCUGAUGAGGGAGCUGGAAGAUGGAAGCCUCCGGGGAUUUCAAGUCCUCAGACCUACUUAUGACAAAUUUGACAUCAAUCUCCGGAACGAAGACGCCUUGUUAAAAAACUACGGCCUGUUGUCCUGCUUCAAGAAAGACCUGCACAAGGUGGAGACCUAUCUGAAACUGAUGAAGUGCCGGCGGUUCGGAGAGAGCAACUGCACCAUUUGAUGGCAGAAACACUGUUCUGUUAUCCCCGAGCACUAACACAAGACGAGGUUAGCAUGCUCCUGCCUGUGUGACCCCCUUUGUGAAGAGAACCUCAGCGGCUGAUGUGUCUGUGCGUGAACAUACUCUCCCACUAGCUGUGGUGUUUUGGAGGGGCUGCAUAAUGAUGCUCCUCCCCCUUUGUAAAGAAAACCCUUUUUGC